CAGAUUCUCAGAUUUGUAGCCGGUUUGUUAUUAAGCAUGAGCUCGGUGUUGUUCAGGCACGCGCUCCGGUUCCGUGCUGCCCGGGUCGCGCGCGCUCCAGCAGUCUGCACCAAACAGUAUACUGUUAAAAAUGGCGCUCUUGAGAGGGUCCUAGCAGCGUUCCGGUCGGUCAGUGGUGAUGACGGUGUGUCUGUAGGUUUAGCUGUGAGAGAACAGCAUGGAAGAGACGAGUCAGUACACAGAUGUCGACCCCCGGACGUGGUGGUGUUUCCACGAUGUGUGGAGGAAGUCAGUGCUCUGGCAAAAAUCUGCCACCACCACAGACUGCCCAUCAUUCCUUUUGGCACAGGAACCGGUCUGGAAGGAGGAGUAGGCGCCAUAAAAGGGGGAGUGUGUUUUAGUCUCAGGAAAAUGGACCAGGUACUGGAUCUUCACCCGGAGGAUUUUGACGUGACCGUGGAACCAGGCGUGACACGCAAAGCUCUCAACUCAUACCUGCGUGAUACAGGGCUCUGGUUUCCUGUAGAUCCAGGUGCUGAUGCGUCUCUGUGUGGCAUGGCUGCUACCAGCGCGUCCGGCACUAAUGCCGUCCGCUAUGGCACCAUGCGGGAGAACGUCCUCAAUCUGGAGGUGGUGCUGGCAGACGGGACCAUCAUACAUACAGCCGGAAAGGGACGACGGGCAAGAAAGACUGCGGCAGGUUAUAACCUGACUAACCUGUUUGUGGGCUCGGAGGGCACGCUGGGCAUCCUGACUAAAGCCACGCUCCGGCUGUACGGUGUCCCGGAGAGCACAGCUUCAGCAGUCUGCUCCUUCCCUUCAGUCCAGUCCGCCGUGGACAGUACGGUACAAGUGCUGCAGGCCGGAGUGCCCGUCGCUCGAAUCGAGUUCCUGGAUGACGUGAUGAUAAGAGCUUGUAACCAGUUCAACUCCCUGACCUACCCGGUCACACCAACGCUCUUUCUUGAGUUCCACGGCAGCUCCAAGAGUCUGGAGGAGCAUGUCUCCAUUACUGAGGAGAUCACGCAAGAGAAUGGAGGCUCUGAUUUUGCCUGGGCCAAGGAUGAGGAGACGAGGGCACGGCUGUGGAAAGCUCGACAUGAUGCCUGGUACGCUGCCUUGGCAUUGAGACCCGGCUGCAAAGCGUACUCCACUGACGUGUGUGUCCCGCUGUCCCGCCUACCUCAGGUCAUAGUGGAGACUAAAGAGGACCUAAUCAAAAACAACCUCACAGGUCCGAUUGCAGGUCAUGUGGGAGACGGGAACUUCCACUGCAUCAUGGUGUUGAACCCAGACGACCCUGAUGAAGUACAGAGUGUUCACGAAUUCACUGAAAGACUUGCAAGGAGGGCUCUGGCGGUGGACGGGACGUGUACGGGAGAGCACGGUGUCGGAUUAGGGAAGAGGGCCCUGCUGAAGGAGGAGCUCGGCCCUUUCACCAUGGAGCUGAUGCAGGGACUCAAGGCCACACUCGAUCCCAAAAACCUCAUGAACCCUGGAAAAAUCCUGUAGACCACAUCAUUUAGAAUCAAGCACUACCACGAGAGAGCUGUGAACAUGAAAUGCAACUAUUUAACAUGACUAAGGGAGUAAAUUAUUUAUGGACACAUAAACACCCUGUUUAUAGACCAGUGGGAUGUAUUAUCGAUUUUAUGAUGUUUCAAAUAUUUAAGAAUCAGAUUAUUAUAGUGAAAAAUGAUUGUAACACAAGAGCUGGUGACUCUCUGUGUCUCUGUGCCCAUGCAAAUAAGCCAGAAGUGGAAAUGAAACCCCAAACUGGUACCUUAUGCUUAAAGGGAAAUUAUUUUUUAAACAUACUAGACCAUCACUUCUGAGAUCUUGAGCUCAGCUCAUGUGCCUACACAGACAUGACUGGCGUUUCCUAAUCUAAUGUCUAAUCACCAGUGAGAAAUGAUGAAGUCUUGCCACAAAUAUAAACAGCAUUAUAAUUAGGGCUGGGUGAUAUAUCGAGAUUUUAUAAAAUAUCUAUAUAUUUUCAUACGCGAUAUAAGAUAAGACUAUCGCAUAUAUCGAUAUAAAUGUUGCGUUUCAGUUAGAUCCGACAGUUCGUCUUUCUCUUCUCCCAGUUUGUCUCUGCACAUGUUCACCUGCCCCGCCUCUCUCCCUCACUGAACACAACUCGCCCCUCCCUCCCCACCGCCAAUUCUUUCUGCCCUCAGAACACAUUUCUGUAAGUAAAACUCCCAUGAUAGCAUGGAGACGGUGGAGGAGCUGCUUGGUAAAAAAAAAAAAGAAUGGCUCAGUUAUUUGGAGAUGGUUCGGAUUCAGAGUAUCAGAUGAGCAGCGGAAUAAUGUAUUCUGUAGAGAAUACCAAAAUCAAGUCCAGACAAAAGGUUCCAGCUCCGUGUACCUUUGGUCAAUCAUUUUUCACUUAAAAUCCCAAAGUUGAAAAACAAGAAAACGAGUCAUUAUUCGUUUUAAAAACCAAUAUUGGAAAACGGAAAUAAACAAACACAACCGCAUGCACGCGCUGACAUGCAUGUAUUUACUUUAUAUAUAAACAGUGUAUGCAUGUGUUGAGAAAGUAAUAAUAACGUAAUGGUGCGUCUCCUGUUGUUCUGACUCAUGUGUUUGUAUAUUUGACGUACAUAUAUUUGCUCUAUCUGUAAAAAAAAAAACAUUAUGGGGAGUGAUUUCUGUACUGGAUGUUGUAGGUGGUCAUGAUCAGAUAAAUUCUGAUCUCUUCCCUACACACUCACUCCCUGCGCCCUAUAGUGCACUUAACAUUCUUAAAGGGCCAGACAAUAUAUUUGUAAUUCACAUUACACAACAGGCGAGACGUUAGAGAACAACAUUCUUUUUUUUAGAAUAGCUCUUUUUUUUUUUUUUUUAAGGAAAAAUAGUUCCUGUGUGAAGCUUCCCCAGCAUGAAUAUUAAUAAAAGUGCCUGUAAAAUUUUUUGGUAUUUAGUAUUUGGAACAUGUAGCUUUGUCUCAGAAGUGUUUUGUUGGUAUUACCUUAUGGGAUGAAAAAAUAUCGAGAUAUAUAUCGUAUAUCGCCAUUCAGCUAAAAUAUAUCGAGAUAUUAUUUUUGAUCCAUAUCGCCCAGCCCUAAUUAUAAUUUUGGUGGCGUAGAUUGUUCUAUAAUGUAAUUUAAUAUAAUGUAUAUUUUUGACUCAUUCAGACUCAUUUUAAUAUCACAUGUAUGUGAUAACAUGUAUUCUAUACAUGCACCUGGCAAAUAAAUAUUAAAUCUUAACUAUUAAA